CGAGCUGGAGAUAACGUGGAGUGGAGUGUGAUGCUAACGGUGCCAUGGAUGAAGCUUCUGGGACCCAUAUACCAAAUAAAAUAACCAGCUAAGUGAUGCCAUACGUUGUUAUAUAUAAGAAGCCGACCCAAUUUCUCACUUUAUUUAUACACAAUAUAUUAUUAUGUACGCAUUAUUUAUUUAUUUAUCACACGACGAUAUAUCUUCCAGUGAACACACAUUCUCUUUAUUUAUUUAUUUAUUUACCCAAGUAGUACGGCUCCGUACGUUUAACGGGGGAGGAUGUCAAAACCACCGGGGAACUCCAAUGCACCACUGCUGGUGGAGUCAUCGUCGUCGCCCGGUGAUGACGCGGCGCCUGAGUGGACAAUGAAUGUCCUCAUGCUGUCAUCCGUCCGGGCGCUGUCGUUGCUGCCGGACGGAGAGGCCUCAAUGCCACCAAGGGAGGUGCUGUCGUCGUUGCCAGACUCGGCAGGGGUCACGCGGUGCCGCCGCCGAUCACCACGUCGUCCGCCGGCUGCUGGCGGCGCCUACCCAUGCCCCGGAUGCAGACGACGAGGUAGUACACAGCGAUGACGAACGCAGCGCCAAACACGGUGGCGCCGAUACCAAUGCCCACCACCUCCCACGUUGUAAAUUUGUGGCUAGUGCCUCCAAACGCCGUCCCCCGCCUCUGGCAAAAUUCAACAUCAAACCCCAAAUAAUUAAUGAUCCUUUUUAUUUCUUUGUCAAGAAUAUACAGGAGAUCGAUCGAGAUGCAUAUCUUUAUAUAUAUUUAGUAAUAAAAAGAUAAGAUCGGUGUAAUAAAAUGAGACUCCCCGUCCCCGAGCGAGCGGUGUGUUUGCUAGGUCAUAAGGCUAGUCUCAAUGGGGAUUUCAUAGCGAUGUCAUGCACAUUUAAUAUGGUGACACAUCAGCAAAAAUGGAAUCUUUGCAUGAAAUGGGCAGGAGAGAGAAGAAGAAAGUUUCGUCUUGGUGAAACGACGUCGCGGUGUUUCCAAAGUCCUGGUAUUCGCGUGAAACUAGCGUUGAGGAGCAUCGUUUCAUCCUCCUGAUCCCGUGCGCACACAUCCGCUCAGCAUCGUCCCUAUCUUCCCGCGCGCCGAGCAAUCUCCUCCCGCGCAGUCGAAGAAUCCCGCUCCCGCGCUGCCGAGGAUCCCGCUCCCGCCCUUUGCGCCGUCCCCAAACCCGCCCCAUCCCUCGUCCACAUCCGGCCUUCCUCGAUUUAGCGCGAGCCGGCGGAGAUUGGGCACGAACUCGCCGUCCGCCAUGGAUCCACCUUCGGCAAAGCAAGCCGCCACGGAUCCGCCGGCGGCAAAGCAAUCCGGGCGACGCCUUCCCGGUAGAGGAGGGAACGGUCGGCAACAUCGGCUCGGCAUGAAGUCUGCCGCCCCUGCGCCCCUACUGGUUCCUCCGCCGCCGGCGGCGAUUUCGUCUCCAGGUGCGCCGAAUGCAACUCCAGCCACGACGACCCCCACCCCUGCUGCGUCGACUGUCAGUUCUGCUAUGCAUGGCUCCUCUGCUGCGCCGACAUCAACUGUGCCGCCAUGGACACCGCAAGGAGCAGGAUGGGGCACCAUUCCCCCAAAUCUGGCUUCUCCAAACCAACAAUGCCCAAAUUCAUGGUAACCAUUUCAUUUCAAUAUGUGCAACUAGUUCAUUUCCAUGUUUGCAGUUGAAAUGGUUUCCAUGUUUGCAGUUGAUUUCAAUCUGUGUAACACAUCUGUAGUCUAGUAGGAAUUUGUUUAGAGUUUAGGUUCAAUCUGUGCCACCAUUUCGUUUCAAUCUGUGCAAGUAGUAGGAAUUUCCAUGUGUUACAUAUGUGUUUCAACACUGCAAGUAGUAGAAACUCUGAUUGUUUCAAAAAAAAAUUAGGUUCUAUCCGCCAGGUGGUUUUUUAAAUAUGAUUAAUCCACCACAAGUCCAAGGAGAAAAUCUUCAUUUGGUUGGUCAGGUUAUGACCUUCAAUCCAAUGUCUUCACCACCACCAGUAAAUGCCUAUGGAACUGGAGUUUCUCAACCUGUGAAACAAGGUUCUUCAACAAACAACAAUGCAGUGCAUAUUGACAUUGACAGUGAGGACACCAUUGAGCCAAAAAGGGGAGGGACAAAAAGAUUUUGGACUCCUGAAGAGGAAACAAGACUGGUAAUCACUGAUCAUUUUGUUUUCCUUUCUAUAGGCAACUGUUUGGUACAAUUCUUGAUUUGUUCUUUUUUUAUUUGUAUUUUGUAGGCUAGUGCUUGGUUGAAUAUUUCUAAAGACCCAGUUAGGGGUAACGAUAAGAAAUUUGAUACAUUUUGGAAGGAAAUCACUGAGGAGUUUAACAGGAAAGGUAAUGGGAAGCCUAGAAGAGAAACAAACCAAUUGAAAAUUCACUGGUCACGCCUCAAGUCCUCAAUCACAGAUUUCAAUGACGCUUGGACUCAGAUUGCCAAAGUGCAUACAAGCGGAUACUCGGAUGACAUGCUAGAGGAAGAGGUACAAAAGGUAUAUGAAACCAGGUUUGGGAAGCGUUUUCAAUUGGUGCAUUGGUGGAAGAUAUUAAAAGAGGAGCCCAAAUGGUGUGCGUAGUUUGAAGAAAAAGAGAAAGACAAGUCUGAGAUACAUGAUGUUCCAGAAGAACAGUCACGACCUAUUGGUAGAGAAGCAGCAAAGGCUGAGCGUAGUGGAAAGCGCAAGAAGGAUAACGUUAUGGAAGGAAUUGUCAUCCUUGGUGACAAUAUUGAAAAAAUUAUCAAGGUACAGCAAGAUCGAAAGGUGGAGUGCGAAAAGGUUACGGAAGCACAGAUUAAGAUAUCAAAUGCUAAUUUGAAGGCAGCAACGGAAGAAAAGGAAGCAAGGAUGUUUCAGGUUUACAAUUCCCUGCUCAACCAAGAUACAAGUCACAUGUCUGAAGAGAGAAAGGCGAACCGGGAGAAGGCGUUGCGUAAGCUUGAAGAAAAAUUGUUUGCUGACUAAGGUAUUUUCUCUAUCUUAUUGUGUGCAUGCUCAGUUCAUAUACCUUUAUCCAGCACUUUACAUCAAGAAUUAAUGAUGCACUAGAUGUAGUGUAUGAAUGCUGCACUAUAUUUGGUGUGAAUGCAGUCCACCAUGGCAGUGUGUGAACUAGAUGUAGUGUGUGAACCGAGAGAAGGCAUUAUGUGAAGUGUGAAUGCAGUCCACCAUGGCAGUGUGUAAAUUAGUGUGAAUGCUGCACUAUGUGAAGUGUGAAUGCAUCCCUUUAUAUGCCUCACUAUAUGACGCAUGGCAGUUUUCACAUGUAUAUGAGGUGUGAAAACUGCACCAUGUUCACCUAUAUAUAGACUCCUGAGCCUUCUCUCUUUUGAUCAAACGAAGGCAUUCUCUCUUUCUCAUUCUCUUGCCAUCUAGUUCUACAAAUCGGCAUUACUUUGAGAUGUCUGAGGACAAUAACACCCCUGAUGGAAGUCAGCAGACGCCUUCCCUGUUAGAUGAGUUCAUUGCUGAUGGUCAGAUCAUAGAUGUUGUUAUCAACCAAGCUGCGGUGCUCAUGCAGUCCACCAUGGAAAGCCUUCAAAAAGAUGCCACUGAUCAUCGAUUAAAUCCAAGGAAGCACAUCAAGAGGCCACGAGAGGAAGCACAUCAAAAACUAGUUAAUGAUUAUUUCUUAGAAAAUCUUCUUUAUCCUUCCAAUAUUUUUCGUCGCAGAUUUCGUAUGUCUAGGCCACUUUUUCUUCGCAUUGUUGAGGCGUUAGGUCAGUGGUCAAAUUAUUUUACUCAAAGAGUUGAUGCUGUUAAUCGGCAAGGGCUGAGUCCACUACAAAAGUGUACUGCAGCUAUUCGACAAUUGGCUACUGGUAGUGGUGCAGAUGAACUAGAUGAGUACUUGAAGAUAGGAGAGACUACUGCAAUGGAGGCGUUAAAAUUUUUUGUGAAAGGUGUUAGAGAAGUAUUUGGUGAGAGAUACCUGAGGCGCCCUACUAUGGAAGAUACCGAACGUCUACUCAAACUUGGUGAGAAACGAGGUUUUCCUGGUAUGUUUGGUAGCAUUGACUGCAUGCAUUGGCAGUGGGAAAGAUGCCCAAAUGCAUGGAAGGGUCAGUUCACUCGGGGUGAUCAGAAAGUUCCAACGCUGAUUCUCGAGGCUGUGGCAUCUCAUGAUCUAUGGAUUUGGCACGCGUUCUUUGGAGUAGCAGGUUCUAACAAUGAUAUAAAUGUUUUGAACCAGUCCACUGUCUUUAUCAAUGAGCUAAAAGGUCAAGCUCCUAGAGUCCAGUACAUGGUAAAUGAAAAUCAAUACAACAUUGGGUAUUUUCUUGCUGAUGGGAUAUACCCUGAUUGGGCCGUGUUUGCUAAGUCAAUACGGCUCCCUAUCACUGAUAAGGAGAGGUUGUAUGCAAAGGAACAAGAAGGGGCAAGAAAGGAUAUCGAGAGAGCAUUUGGUGUCUUGCAGCGGCGAUUUUGCAUCUUAAAGCGACCAGCUCGUCUAUAUGACCGAGCUGUACUCCGUGAUGUCGUGCUAGCUUGCAUCAUACUUCACAAUAUGAUAGUUGAAGAUGAGAAGGAACAAGACAUUAUUGAAGAAAAUCUAUAUCUAAAUGUGCCUCCUAGUUCAUCAACGGUUCAAGAACCGGAAUUCUCUCUAGAUCAGAAUGUUCCGUUAGAGAGAGCUUUAGAAAAAGACACUUCUAUUCGAGAUAAAUCGGCUCAUCGCCGACUUAAGAAUGAUUUGGUGGAACAUAUUUGGAAUAAGUUUGGUGACCGUGCACAUAUACCUGGUACUUGUAACUAUCUUUAUCAAUAUUGGUUAUCAUUUGUAGUUAUUUAUCUACCAAUUUUAACUGAACUUCACGUGUGAUCUGAUCCUGUACUACUGAAUGUCUAUGCUGUGAGCUCAUUCUGAACUGUUUUUUUUUUGUUUCUGUAGGAUGAAGGCAAGGCUGGAGGCUAUGUGAAAGCAAGGCUGCAGGUUGAAGGCAGUCUGAUCUUGCAGUAUGUUGGCUUAAAGCUAUCUGAAUUUUAGUUUGAUAUCUAAGUAUCAGCCGUAUGUUGGCUCAAAGCUAUCUGAAUUUUAGUUUAAGUCGUAUGUUUUAGUUGUCUGAACAAUCGUAUGCUGAAGGCUGGAUGUCGUAGUUAUCUAAACAUUCGAAUGCAAUUUUAUCUAAACAAGCAGAUGCUGGGAUAGUUCUGAGCGACUGAUCCUGAUGGCCUGUUCUUUUUU